UACUUGACAAUGUUGAGUUUGUUGAAGAAGAGACAUUUGCUAAAGCUUCACUUUCAUGGGCACUGGAUCGUAUUGAUCAAGUCAGUCCAGUAUUAGAUGGUAUAUUUAAACCUGGAAGAAAUGGAAAGGGUGUUGACAUUUACAUUUUAGAUACAGGUAAUGAAGAAUACCUUGAAUGUGUUCUUGACAACCACUAUGGAGAUAAUCAAAUGGGUAGAGAUUGUCAUGAACACGGAACUUAUGUAGCAAGUCUUGCUUGUGGAAAACGUUAUGGAGUUGCCAAGAAAGCUCACCUGUUUAUAGU